AUGCCUUCCCAACAACAGAACCCCAUCCUCCACACCCCCUCCACGGCCCUCACCACCUCAGGCGGCCAAACCGAAGGCAUGCUCCGCCAAAACGCCAUCGUAAACGCCUGCGACGACAUCUGUGCCUCGCGCAUGAUCGCGAAACCCCAUACCGCUUCCGCCGUCCACCAGUGCGUCUCGUGUCCCCCCCCCCCCCCCUUCUCCAGCAUCCACAGCACCCGCAGCUAAGAUCUUGCUUUCCAUCAUGUUUAGUCACGGAUCCGAAAACACCAUCGUCUUCGCCUACUCCGGCCACGGCACCAUUGUGAGCGAAGGCGGGGCGAAGCGUGUGGAGUUGAAACCGGGCGAUUAUGCUCUCAUCCCGGCGUAUGCGGAACAUCAGGAAGUUAAUGAUUCCGAUGAGGUGAGUUAUUUAUCUAAUCGUUGUUGUUGCAUAGUGAACGGGAAAGAAGGAAAGCUGACUCACUUUUUGUUUCUUUUUGAAAAGGAUGUCGUAUGGGCAAUCGUGAGGAGUGGAAAGGAACCAAUCGUGGUCAACUUACCAGAUGGAUGGGGUUCGAGUUGA